CAACUUUCGACUUCGAGGAGACGUUGGACGACAGAUGACGGCAAGUAUUGAGAGCACCCCCGCGGAAGUCCAAGUGGAUCUUAAUGAAGUCCUGGAGGUAGCGGACGGCAAGGUGCCCGUGGAUGAUGAGGCUGAGGAAGUGGUGGACGAGAAGCUCAAGCAAGUCGAAGACGAAUUGAAGCUAACGCGGGAGCAGGAGGACGAGCCGGUCGACGACGCGUUUAAGAGCAUCAGCUAUGCAAAGCGCGUGGAAAAGUUGGAUUCGUUGUUGGAGAAAGCUGGGGCGUACUCCAAGUUUCUCUUGUCCAACAUGGAGGCCGCACCUGUGGAAGCCAACGUGGUGGUGGAAGCAGCAGCCCCGAAGAAGCGAAAAGGGCGUCAACCCAAAGUCAAGGAAGGCGCGUCCAAGCUGCAAAAGAUCAACGAGCAUCAAGCGUCCGCGCAUUCGGUGUCAGAGAUGAAGUUCAAGCAGCCGUCGUUGUUCACGGGAGGCACGUUGCGCGCGUACCAGCUCGAGGGCAUCCAAUGGAUGUGCAAUUUGUUUGAAAACGGUUUGAACGGCAUUUUGGCCGACGAAAUGGGAUUGGGGAAGACGGUGCAAGUGAUUGGAAUGCUGGCGCAACUCAAGGCCAAGGGCGUCCGCGGGCCGUACCUGGUGGUGGCGCCGCUGUCGACGUUGUCGAACUGGUACAACGAAUUCCGAAAGUUCACGCCGACGAUUCCCGCCAUGAUCUACCAUGGCACGACGCAAGAACGCAAGCAAAUGCGCGUGCAGCAGCUGAAGCGAGGGACCCAAACGAACGCGGACUUUCCCAUCAUCAUCACGUCGUACGAAGUGAUUAUCCGCGACGCGAGCAGUUUCAACGCGAUGGGGUACGUGUGGAAGUUUAUGAUCAUCGACGAAGGCCACCGGCUCAAGAACAUGAACUGCCUGUUGAUGCGGGAGCUGAAAAAGUGCCGAUCCGAGAACCGGCUGCUGUUGUCGGGCACGCCGCUCCAGAACAACCUGAGCGAGCUCUGGAGUUUGCUCAACUUUUUGCUGCCCGACGUGUUUGACGACUUGGCGUUGUUCCAAAGCUGGUUCAACUCGUCCAACGCAACCAACGCCAGCACGUCCACGAACGACAUCAUUUCCAAAGAAGACGUGCUAACCAACCAAAAGCAAGGCCAAGUCGUGUCCAAGCUGCACGAGAUCUUGCGGCCGUUCGUGCUGCGCCGGCUCAAGGUGGAUGUCGUGCUCGACGUUCCUUCCAAGACAGAGAUCGUCGUGUAUUGCCCCAUGACGGACUUGCAAGCGUCGUACUACAAGUUGAUUGCGACCAAAGAGUUGGCCCAGGCGUUGACUGCAAAACACGGCAAAUCAGCCAGCACUGCCAUGACCCUUCGAAACAUGGCGAUCCAACUGCGCAAGUGCUGCAACCACCCGUACUUGUUUGACGAAGAAACGGACGCGACGGGCAACGUCGUGACCGGCGACCACUUGAUUCAAGCGGCGGGCAAGCUCGUCGUGAUGGACGCCAUGCUCAAGCAACUGCUGGAACGCGGCCACAAAGUGCUCAUCUUUAGCCAAAUGACGCGCGUAUUGGACAUUCUCGAAGACUAUUUGGUCCACCGGCAAAUCCAGUACUGCCGGUUGGACGGGUCCACCCAUUUCACGGAGCGGCAGCGCUCGAUGGACACGUUCAACGACCCGAGUGGCGGCUUGCAAGUGUUUUUGCUGUCGACUCGCGCCGGGGGGUUGGGGAUCAACUUGACGGGCGCCGACACGGUCAUCUUGUACGACAGCGACUGGAACCCCCACCAAGACAACCAAGCCCAAGAUCGGUGCCAUCGCAUCGGCCAGACCAAGGACGUGGUCGUGUACCGCCUCAUCACGGAAAACUCGUUUGAGAACCGCAUGCUGCAGCGCGCCAACGCCAAGCGCACGUUGGAGCGCGUCGUGCUGUCCCGUGGAGAGUUUUCGUCGGCGUCGGGGGAAAAGGCGCCGACCCACACGAGCUUGACCAUGGAAGAGCUCGAGGGUCUGCUCCAGGACGACAUUCAGAUCCGCCAGGAAGCGACCGGCGGCAUUGCACCCGAUGAGCUAACCCUGCUGUGCGACCGACCCCAAGUGAUAGACGCGUUUGUCAAGAAAACCACCGACGUGCCCCGCGAAACCAAAGGCUAUUACGUCGUCGAUACCGCUGCCUCCCGAAUGAUGGGAAUGGACAGCUUCACUUAAGUUUAUAAUCAAUCAUAUCAUGCACAUUUAGACAUAACUAAUGGGGUAACG